AUGUCUUCAACAACAUCCUGGUUCGAUCAACAAAUUGAGCAAUGGUCGGAUCAAGCCUACGAUUCCGAGACGGAUGAAGAACUUUGCCAAAUAUCAUCCAAACAAAGAAGAAAGGAAAUUAAAAAAGAAAGAUUUUUAGCACAAUCGGAAAAGACCAUCACGACCGUGUUGGGAGCUGUAACAAGUAUUGUUGCAAUGAUUUACUUUUCCAAGUAUCUUUGGAACAAGUAUCCAACACAAUAA